UUCCCGGGGAUUGGGGCGGAGGUUCCCGGGGAUUGGGGCGGAGGUUCGGCCGGAGAAGCUUCGACCUCACGCCGACGGGAAAGAUGGAAGUCAAUAGUCGGUGAGGAGUGGACGGAGCGGGGAUUGGUUACCUGCGACGUGUCGGAGGACCGAGGCGACCAUGGCAGACCGGCGGACGAGCGGCGGCAGCGAGCGGCAGUUUGACAAGAAGUCUGCGGUCAGAGCAGCUUCCGUCGGCCGCCUGCUGAAGCGGGAAUGUUGGAGCCUCUUGGACUUUUACAGUAAGAGGGAGAACCUCCCUGCCGAUGUGGGCGGGGCAGACCCCCGCCUGGUGUCGGUCCCGCCCCCGUCCUCCCAGCUGGACUCCCGGGACCAGCUGUGGCGCCUCCACGUGGCCCUGCUGCAGUGCCGCAGCCUGAUGGAGAGCGCCAUCGCUAAGGAGGACGAGGAGCUGGGCGCGGGCCAGGACCAGGACCAGGGCCAGUACGCCAGCCUGAGGUCCACGGUGAAGGAGAGGCUCAAGCUCCUCGCCUUCUGCGUCUCAGAACUGCUCGGUGCCGGGGACGGCCCGGCCGUGCCCACACCCGCCUCCGGUGACAGCUUGGAGCGAGCGGACGGCAGUCUUUUCGAGCUGAAGCUGUUGGUGCUGCGCAUCUUCCAGGAGGUGGACUACUGGGCCAAGACUGCGGUGGCCAUCUUGCAGACUCUGUCCAAGGAGCCGGCCAGGAACACCCGCCUGAGGAGGAGCAUCCGCAGCACCCGGAGAUGAAGUGCAGGUGCAAGGGUGAGGGCACAGGGUACUACGCACGUUCCUCGCUCCUGUUUCCGACACGUUCCAUUCGCUUCGUUUUGGACUGCAAGGAUGCAUUUGUCAGUGUAUUUGUCACCAGCGAUACUAAAACAUGGAUUAUUGCAAAGGUGUCCAAAGUCUGCCCGGCGGCCAUUUUUAAACAACCCUGCAAAAUUCAUUAAAUACUAUUACAAGAAAAACCACAUAAAAUUGGAAUUAAAGAGCAAAUGGCAGGAGAAAAAGUUUCAAUGUUGACUAAUAACAGAAAGCUGCCAUGCAGGCUGUUGUUUUCUUUAAAACUGUAAUAAUAAUAAUAAUAAUAAUAAUGAAUCAAUGUUAUGAAUUAUUGACCUAUUCAAGGCUCCAAUUACUUCACAUAAAAAAAUCCUCCUUGCAAGAAUUUUUGGGAAAAAUAUUGUUUUAUUUGUGUGUUUUUCAUUAAAAAAAAGAAAAGGACAUAAAACGAACAUAAAGAAAUGCUAAAAACCUAAAAUCCACAAAUAGAUCUGAAGUUGAUGUAGACAUUUGGGCGAUGAAAGUAAAACAAAUAAUGUAAUUUGAACACUUUUGUGACUCCUUUUGGGUCCCCGAGAAUUUUGGUGGAUUUUUUAUUUAUUUAUUUAUUUAUUUUACUGUCAUUGCUGAAAAAAUUAUAAAACUGUAAUAAUAAUAAUAAUAAUGAAUCAAAAAUAAUUGUUGGUAUGAAUUAUUGACCUAUUCAAGGCUCCAAUUACUUCACAUCAAAAAAUCCUCCUUGCAAGAAUUUUUGGGAAAAAUAUCAUUUUAUUUGUGUGUUUUUCAUAAAAACACAGUUUUCUGUGAGAAAAAGGACAUAAAACGAACAAAAAGAAAUGCUAAAAACCUAAAAUCCACAAAUAGAUCUGAAGUUGAUGUAGACAUUUGGGUGAUGAAAGUAAAACAAAUAAUGUAAUUUCAACACUUUUGUGAGUCCUUUUGGGUCCCCGAGAAUUUGUAUUUAUUUUUUUUACUGUCAUUGCUGAAAAAAUAAUAAUGAAUCAAAAUCAUUGUUGGUAUGAAUUAUUGACAUAUUCAAGGCUCCAAUUACUUCACAUCAAAUUUUCCUCUUUGCAAAAAUUGUUGGGGAAAAUAUGUUAUUUUUUGUGUGUUUUUCAUAAAAACUCAGUUUUCUGUGAGAAAAAGGACAUAAAACGAACAUAAAGAAAUGCUAAAAACCUAAAAUCCACAAAUAGAUCUGAAGUUGAUCUGGACAUUUGGAUGAUGAAAGUAAAAAAAUAAAAUAAUGUAAGACUUCAUUUGAACACUUUUGUGAGUGGACUCCUUUUGGGUCCCAGAGA